CGUGAGCGGAAAGCCAUGUCUGCGGCUUCGGGAGCCGGCUCCGCCGUCGAGGCGGGCUUCUCCAGCGAGGAGCUGCUGACGCUCCGCUUUCCGGUGCAUCGCGCCUGCCGGGACGGGGACUUGGCUGCGCUCUGCGCCCUGCUCCAGCACACGCCUCGCGCCCACCUGGCUGCCGAGGACUCAUUCUACGGCUGGACGCCCGUGCACUGGGCCGCACACUUCGGGAAGUUGGAGUGCUUAAUACAGCUGGUGAGAGCUGGUGCUACUCCGAAUGUCUGUACAACACGAUUUGCCCAAACACCUGCCCAUAUUGCUGCUUUUGGAGGACAUCCUGAGUGCCUGAUCUGGUUGAUCCAAGCUGGAGCCAACAUUAACAAACAGGAUUGUGAGGGUGAAACUCCUAUUCACAAAGCUGCACGUUCUGGUAGUAUGGAUUCUAUAAGUGCUCUUGUGGCUAAUGGAGCUCAAAUCGACUUAAGAAAUGCCAGUGGCCUGACAGCAGCAGAAAUUGCACAAACCCAGGGUUUCCAAGAAUGUGCCCAGUUUCUCUUAAACCUCCAGAAUUGUCAUCUGAAUCGUUUCUAUACUAAUGGCACCUUAAAUGGGGUUCAUCAGAAUGCAUUUCCUAGUCAUGUUAGUGGUGGGACAAAUCGAAAGCGGUCCUUCGAAGAUGUCGAGUCUGCUGGAAUAAAGAAGGCUAGAACUGAAGCUCAGAGCUUUGUUUGCUCCAUACCACAAGUGAACGGAGGAGCUGAUGAUGAUGCUGACAGUAUGCACAUUGAUAGAGAGUUUGCUGUUGUAUCAGAUAUGAAUAGCAGUAGCUCCGUUUUGAAUACAUUGACAAGUGGAUAUGCCACCAAUGGACAUUUGGACUUCCCUUCCACGACACAGCUCAAUGGGAUGGAAAACAGGAAUGGAGAAUGCUUAACAGCACCUAAUGGAAUUAGCAGUGGAUUAAUUCCAGGACUGACUUUUGCAAAUAGCCAGAAAACUCCCUCUGUUAAUGGUGCUGAAGAAUCAGAAAAGACAAUGAACAUUUCACCUGAUAUGUGUGGCUCUCUCCAUCUGAAUGGAAGUCCAAGUAGCUGUGUAGCUAAUAGACCUUCCUGGUUAGAUGAUAUUGGAGAUAAUUUGCACUAUGGACAUUACCAUGGGUUUGGGGACACAGCUGAGAGCAUCCCAGAACUUAAUAGUGUUGUUGAGCAUUCCAAUUCUGUUAAAGUGGAGGAGAAAUAUGAUAAUACUAUCUUGGGCACAAUGCACCUUUAUCAUGGUUCCUAAAAGUCAAUGGAUUUUCUUCAUUUGAAGCACAUUGAUUCAUACUGUUGACUGACUUUUUGGGAAGAAGUAUCCAUGUAGCAUUAAUUUGGAGAGGAAUGCCACAACUAUCAUUUUUUACAUUUUGAUUUAUUGGGAAAAGUAAAGCUUCCAUUUGGCGGUUUCCUAAAGUGAAGUCUUAGUUUGUUGCAUGAGUAGGACUUGGUGAUUAGGUAUUGUUACAGUGGGAUGCUCUUUGAGAAUUAAGUUCCUUUUUAACAUUUAUUGGUCACCAAGCCCAAUACUAGCACCAAAAAUUGGUAUUUUUCUUGUAAAAACUGAGUAGAAAUUGAGAGGCCAAAAAUGUGUCCUAAUUACUUUCCUUAGCUUAUUAUACUUGGACAUAGCUAUAAAAAAACUUUCAUUUACUUUUCUAGUUGAGCCUAUAGUAAGAGAAGACCCAUGCUUUCUCUUUUUAUAAGGUCUGAACUAUUUCAACCUUAGAAUAGAUUUCUCACACCAAUUUGCAUUGUUUAUAUGGAGGAAAGGACUUUUGUCUUGAGUUCAGUGAUGUUUGAAAAUGAGUUUUCACCUUUCAUAUGGUAAAAUUUACAAUUGGAUAUGUAUAGUCCAUUCUUUGGUGUCAGUUACCAGAUAAAAUAUUUGGCUUAUGACUUGAAUGAAGUAGAAUGGGUCAUAGCCCAGUGUUUGAUUAUAAACAGAUAACAGCCUGGAGUUAGUCCUAUGUUAGAAUAGUUUUAUCUUGCAUUUUACUUUAUGUGCUUAAUACUUUACCAUAGAACGCCCACUGAAGGGAUGUUAGCACGGUUUACUUUAUAUGCAAUGAAAAUUACUGUUGUUUGUAGAAUUUGUUAGGUCGGAGUAUUUCAAUUUGACUGUUUUUGAUACAUGUUGGAUUUCCCUUCCCCUCCUCCACUCUUUGGGAGUAUAUUCUGCUUUAGACUUCUUCUGCUAUGUAUAUCUAGCCAGUUGAGAGACCCUUGAGGGAGUCUCAUGCUGAAUUUGUAUGUUUAUAGUUUUAUACAAGUCAACAUUGAUGCAGCUAGUAGCGACACUGUGCAAGUAUUGUAAUGAUUUUCUGCUUUGGUGAUUUCAUAAUGAAGAAUGGUGUGAUGGAGAAAAUGUCAAAUGAAUAAACCAGUGUCCUAAGAAAACUA